UGUGGCAGGAUGCUCUGUUUCUUCCCCAGAAGCCAUGGAUGCCGUGGAACUUUCCAGAAAGCUACAGGAGGAGGCAACAUGCUCCAUCUGCCUUGACUAUUUCACUGACCCUGUGAUGACUACCUGUGGCCACAACUUCUGCCGUGAGUGUAUCCGGCUGACGUGGGAGAAGGCCAAAGGCAAGAAGAGCAGGAGGAAGCGCAAGGGUGUCUUCCCCUGCCCCGAGUGCCGGGAGCUGUCCCCCCAGAGGAACCUGCGGCCCAACCGCCUGCUGACCAAGGUGGCCGAGAUGGCACGACAGCACCCAGGCUUCCAGAGCAGCGAUCUGUGCCACGUGCACCAAGAGGUGCUUAAACUCUUCUGCGAAGACGACCAGAGCCCCAUAUGCGUGGUCUGCAGGGAGUCCCAGGAACACCGGCCUCACAGGGUGGUCCCAGUGGAGGAGGCUGUGCAGGAGCACAAGCUGAAGCUGGAGAGUGACAUGGGGCACCUGCGGGAGGAGAUGGCGAAGACCCAGAAGCUGCAGACCAGGGAGCAGCAGGCCUUGGCAGAGUGGCAGGAGAAGGUGAAGCAGCAGCGACGGCGCAUUGUGAUGGAGUUCAAGAAGAUGACUGUGCUCCUGGUGGAGGAGGAGCAGCACCUUCUGCAGGCCCUGAGGCAGGAGGAGGACCACACGGCUGCCAGGCUGCGGGAGAGUAUGGCUGCACUCGAGCAGCAGAGGUGCUCUCUGGAGACCCUGCUGCUACGGCUGGAGGACUGUAGCAAACAGGAGCCACUGCAGAUGCUGCAGGAUAUGAAGGUGCCUCUGGACAGGAAGAACAGCUUGAGUGUGCAGUACCCAGAGGCCACCCCCAUCACACUGAAGACUGUCUGCAGAGUCCCUGGGCAGAUAGAGGUGCUCAAGAGUUUCCAAGAGAAUGUGGUGCCAGACCCUGCCACAGCGUACCCCUACCUCCUCCUGUACGAGAGCCGCCAGAGGCGCUACCUCAGCACCCCACCAGAUGGCACACCCUGCAGCAAGGACAGGUUCCUGGCCUACCCCUGUGCAGUGGGCUGCCAGACCUUCUCCUCAGGGCGGCACUACUGGGAGGUGGGCAUGAACCUCACUGGGGACGCGCUGUGGGCCCUGGGCGUGUGCAGGGACAACGUGAGCCGGAAAGAUAGGGUAGCCAAGUCCCCUGAAAAUGGAUUCUGGGUGGCGCAGCUGUACAAGGGAAACAAGUAUGUGCCCCCCGUGUCCACCCUGAUGCCCAUCACACUGACGGAGCCCCCCAGCCAUGUGGGCAUCUUCCUGGACUUUGAGGCUGGGGAGGUGUCUUUCUACAAUGCUAGCAGUGGGUGCCACCUGCACACCUAUGCCCAGCCUGCCUUCCCAGGCCCCCUGAAGCCCUUCUUCUGCCUAGGGGCCCCCAAAUCCGGCCAGAUGGUUGUCUCAACUGUGACGCUGUGGGUGAAGGGAUAGGUGUUUAGGCAAGGAGUGCCAGCACUCCACUUUCUCUAGAAAGUGAAGUGGCCCUGCUAAUCUCCGGAGGAGCAGUGGAGCGCUAUGACUGUCCCAGGAGGGCUCACCAAGCCAACAUGUAAUUGUGAUUAAAGCAGUUAAACGUUGAGACUGUAUUCACAGCUGCUUCAUAGAGGGAGUCUGUACCAACCUCUAAAUACAUACUUACGGACCAGGCCAUGGUGCUGUUUUCUUUAGCCAUGCCCCCCUCCACCCGCCACUCACUGGGUCCUCCUGGGUUUGGGUAAUUACAGGUAAACCUGUGGCCUGAGGGGGCCACUUUUCUUGUCAUCAGCAAUUCCAUAUUUAGGUCCUUCGCAGGGAAAACAAGAAAGUAGGACUCUUCAAGCUGAACCCCUAAAAACCUCUGAGCUGCCCACCCCCAACCCUUUCCAUCCCUUAAGUUGAAUCAGUGGGAAAUGGGGGGUGAAAUUCAAAGAGGACGGAUCUUGAAUGUGGGCGGGUCCUUUCACUCCUC